CAAAACAAACCCUUGCCUAGAAACAUACAUGACUGUUGUGAAACCAUUUCUGCUCGAAUAUACUCAAAUCAUAUUUCAAGAAGUGUUAAGGUUCGCAGGAUGAGGAGUUCUGAAGAAUCUCCUGUGGCGACACCAGUGGUGGGGCAGCCAGUUGUUGGAGACAAGCCAACCAAGCUGUUGGAGCUAGUGAAGAAAACAGCAUGGAUUGUUGGAUCUGCUCUCAUUGUUUUUGCUGCUGUCAGGAACUCCGUUAUAUGGCACAUGCAGAGAUUCUGGGGUGCGUCGGCUGAUUUCUGGGUAAGACACUGGGAAUCACUCUACAUCAACUGGUUUCUCGAAAACAAUGCAGCGCUUUUCAUUCUUGGUACUUUGAUCGUUACCAAUGGCGUAUUCGUCUUGGGCAACUCGUUUCUCGUAUUUCUCGACCUGACGGGAAAACCCGCCUUUCUGUUGAGGUAUAAAGUACAAGAGGACCAGAAUGUUCCGAUGGAUCGUAAGAAAUUCCGGCGUGCUGUCAUUCAAAUUUUAUUCAACAUCAUUGUGGUCAGCACGCCAUUCAUCGUCUUCAUGUACAAGGCAUACGAGUGGCGCGGCGUUCCGUACCGGGGCGACGACCUCCCAACGUUCCAAUGGGUGCUUUUUGAGAUAGGCUUCUGCAGCGUGGUCGAGGAGUUUACUUUCUAUUACAGUCACAGAAUGCUCCACCACCCACGACUUUACAAACACAUUCACAAAAUUCACCACGAGUGGACCGCGCCGAUUGGCUUCAUCUCGAUCUACGCUCAUCCGAUCGAACACGUCCUCAGCAAUCUCUUCCCACCAAUGCUCGGACCGUUCCUCCUCGGUUCGCACAUCGGGACGGCUUGGCUCUGGUUCUCCGUGGCGCUACUCUCCACGACUGUCGCUCAUUCCGGGUACCACUUCCCGCUGCUCCCGUCACCAGAGGCACACGAUUUUCAUCAUCUCAAAUUCACAAACAACUUUGGUGUUUUAGGCAUUUUGGAUCGUUUCCAUGGUACCGAUUUGCAGUUCCGUGCGUCGAAGCAGUACGAACGUCACAGCCUCCUUCUGGGAUUGACGCCGAUGAGUCAGCAAUUUCCCGACAAUAAAAAGGGCCAGAAGGGCAAGAAGGAACUGAGCGAGUAGGCUGUUGGAAUAAUCUGUUGACGCGCUACUGCAUAAGGCUACACCGAUUAUUUUCUCUGAAUAGCGGACAGAUUUGCCGAAAAUGGUUUGUAGGUUGAGGAAUAAAAAUGAAAAUAAAACUUGGCCGUAAAACAUCGUUGAUAAUAGAAAGACUCUUUUUGAUAGGUGAUGAAUAAUGGAUAAUUUUUCUCCCAGUAGUUAGAUAAUCCAAGGUAUUUCCCCUGUAUAAAAUCAUUUCACAUUUUUAGUCAAACUGUCAUCAGGGGAAGAAUGAAAUUAAAACUUGAAAAAAAUCGAUGUAUUUUUUUCUAAAGGACACUGUAUCUCAAUCUCAUUCAUGCUGCCCGUUUUAGAAUUUGCUUCUAAAAAUAAUCUGAUUGCUUUUUUGGUCAAUUUUUUUAUGGGUGCCAUUAUGCCUGCAGCAUUAUUAGGCAUGAACAUGUAUUUUAAAAAUAAAAAUGUCUUAAAACUCAAUUUUAUUUUUAUUCCCAAAAUGGCAAAAUCAAUGAGGGAGGGCCCGCUAAACGGAUAAAAUAAUUGGCUUGGCCGCUUUAUAGUCUAGUGUCAUUCAAAUGUGCCCCUAUCCUGAAUGUAUACUAUCCAGGUCAGAUUACUGUUUACUCAGAAAUAUUUGCAGCCAUUUGAAUUUGCGUUUUUUGCAAAAUUAUGUGUUUUGAAAACCCUGUAACACGAAAUUUAGCAUUUUGAAAAACCUGUGACAUAACUUCAGUAACUUUUUAUUAUCGUGGCCACAUAAUUGUGGAUUCAUGAUGAUAAUCAUGAUACUAAUAGUUCUCAUAUAGUAUACUUUUUCUAUACUUCCCUGCUCAAAGAUCAUCUAAACCUGAAAACUGACAAUAAAGGGCACGUAAAUAUUUCUGGAUUGACAGAAUUGCGUAAUUGCAUUGCUUGGACUCCUGUCGUCACUUACAGAAUUUCUUGUCUGCGGAAACUUUAAUGGCCAAAUUCAUAAAGGGCGUUUAAGGGUUAGACGUGUGCAACUUCUCUCUAAUCAGUUUCAGGGCCUAUUCAUAUUCUGUGAAGAUUUACAUGAAGGACCAGAAUAUGUCUAUUCAGUAGUUAAACGCUGUUUUAAGCUUAACGCCCUUGAUGAAUUUGGCCCUAUGUGUCUAACAGAGGAAUAUUUAAAUCACCAUAAUAUACCACAAACAUGUUAUAUUCAGAGGUUCAGUUGGUUCCAUAGAUAAUAUAUGUUAAUGUUAAUGUGAAUUAGAGGGAUUGUUAUACUAAUGAUGUUUAGCUUUUUUUGUCGAGUUGGAAUUUCAAAGAAGUGUUUUGCAUGUUACAGCUUAAUAAUUUAAGGCUUGCUUAAAUGUAUUCAGAUAUUGUCGAUAUCAAAAUAAAGACUCCUUAUACGGUGGAACCUCCCUAAGUGGACCUCCCUCUUUAUCAAGGACACCCUCUCUAUAAAGGACACUAGGUUUUGUCCCAAGUUGACUGCUUCCAUUCAAUUGGGCCCCUCUAAUCAGGACACCUCUCUAUUAAGGACAACACUUGUUGUUUGGACAACACUUGUUAUCAGUCCCUGGGGUGUCCUUAUUAGAGCGGUUUUACUGUAUUGUGUAAGCAAAUGACCCUCUGGAAAAGGCACACAACCAAUUUCUGUGAUAUCAAACUACAGUAGAACCUCCCUUAGCAGACACCUCUCUGUUAAGGACAUCCUCUCUAUAAAGGACACUGGUUUUGGUCCCAAAUUGGGUGUUUCCAUUCAAUUUGACCUCUCUAAUCAGGACACCUCUCUAUUAAGGACAGCACUUGUCAGUCCCGAGGGUGUCCUUAAUAGAGAGGUUCUACUGUAUAUUGUAAGGUACCAGCUAGGGAUGGGAUCCUGGUUCCCCUUUUUGAUUUUUGUUGACCCUUUUUUCCCUGGAGGUUGAAAACCAUUACGGUUGAUAAUACUGUUCCUUCAUUUUUGGUUUUACUGUAUUGUGUAAGCAAAUGACCCUCUGGAAAAGGCACACAACCAAUUUCUGUGAUAUCAAACUACAGUAGAACCUCCCUUAGCAGACACCUCUCUGUUAAGGACAUCCUCUCUAUAAAGGACACUGGUUUUGGUCCCAAAUUGGGUGUUUCCAUUCAAUUUGACCUCUCUAAUCAGGACACCUCUCUAUUAAGGACAGCACUUGUCAGUCCCGAGGGUGUCCUUAAUAGAGAGGUUCUACUGUAUAUUGUAAGGUACCAGCUAGGGAUGGGAUUUUGGUUUCCCUUUUUGAUUUUUGUUGACCCUUUUUUCCCUGGAGGUUGAUACCAUUACGGUUGAUAAUACUGUUCCUUCAUUUUUGGAUUUUGAAAUCGACUGUAUCUGCAGUUAUUGGCCAAGCUAGCCAUCGUACAACACAAGAAUCUCAUAAAAGUACAGUCAUUUCUUAUUUGGGACUGACAAAGUACAGUGGAACCUCCCUUAGCGGACACCUCUCUAUUAAGGACAACCUCUCAAUUAAGGACAACCUCUCAAUUAAGGACACUAGGUUUGGACCCAAACUGGUGGUUUCCAUUCAAUUUGACCUCUCUAAUCAGGACACCUCUCUAUUAAGGACAGUACUUGUCAGUCCCGAGGGUGUCCUCAAUAGAGAGGUUCUACUGUACUUGUUUACAUGUAGGCUGACAGCUGUUUAAAAGGUGUUGUCUUUUACCCUUGACGAUAUGACGAAUCCUAGUGCCUGUGCUCUAGGCAGACGCUGCUGAGGAUUAGGCACAGUAGACAUUAUCUGAUUGGCUGGGCUAUAACACAGCACCGUUUUCUUAGUACCAGAAAGAAAUUUUCUUGUGACCUGUAUGACUCAUGAGGCAUAUUUGAUUCAAAGUGAACAGUUGGUGCAAUCAUUGGAACUAUUUCAUAAGUGAUUGCUUGACUGAACAGCCCCUGGCCUGCAGUGUUGAAAAGAGCUGUUAUUGCACAUCAAUGCACGCGAAGACUAUAAUUGUACCAGAUCUAAAUUGUAUCACUUUACCUUAAUACCAGUUGUACAUUCAUUAGCAAAAUGCUUAUAAAAAUGGGGAGUUUUGAACGGCCUGGUUAAAACCAAAGGCGGGAAUAACCUUGCAUUGAUAAAUGUUAGCUGUUUCGAUUUCCCCUCAGGUAGUUGAUUAUGUUGCCAAUGAGGUGCAUAAGAAGCAAUCACCAAUUUAGUUAUUUUACCAUGUUCAGCUAGUCUGAAUAAAGACUUGUGCCACGACCGGAUCUCUUUGAAUGAGAUUGACCUGGUCAUUCUCUUCUUUGGUUUACAUUAAUACUCCUAUGUUUUGUACUCCAGUGUCUACUUUGUAUAUGCUCUCCCUACAUGUGUGAUAGGGAACUUUCCCCACAUGUGUGAUAGGGAACUUUCCCCACAUGUGUGAUAGGGAACUUUCCCCACAUGUGUGAUAGGGAACUUUCCCCGCAUGUGUGAUAGGGAACUUUCCCCACAUGUAUGAUAGGGAACUUUCUCCACAUGCGUGAUAGGGAACUUUCCCCACAUGUGUGAUAGGGAACUUUCCCCACAUGUGUGAUAGGGAACUUUCCCCGCAUGUGUGAUAGGGAACUUUCCCCACAUGUAUGAUAGAGAACUUUCUCCACAUGCGUGAUAGGGAACUUUCCCCACAUGUGUGAUAGGGAACUUUCCCCACAUGUGUGAUAGGGAACUUUCCCCACAUGUAUGAUAGGGAACUUUCCCUUCAUGUAUGAUAGGGAACUUUCCCCACAUGUAUGAUAGGGAACUUUCUCCACAUGUAUGAUAGGGAACUUUCCCCACAUGUAUGAUAGGGAACUUUCCCCACAUGUAUGAUAGGGAACUUUCCCUUCAUGUAUGAUAGGGAACUUUCCCCACAUGUAUGAUAGGGAACUUUCUCCACAUGUAUGAUAGGGAACUUUCCCCACAUGUAUGAUAGGGAACUUUCCCCACAUGUAUGAUAGGGAACUUUCUCCACAUGUAUGAUAGGGAACUUUCCCUGCAUGUGUGAUAGGGAACUUUCCCCGCAUGUGUGAUAGGGAACUUUCCCCACAUGUAUGAUAGGGAACUUUCCCCACAUGUAUGAUAGGGAACUUUCCCCACAUGUAUGAUAGGGAACUUUCCCUGCAUGUGUGAUAGGGAACUUUCCCCGCAUGUGUGAUAGGGAACUUUCCCCACAUGUAUGAUAGGGAACUUUCCCCACAUGUAUGAUAGGGAACUUUCCCCACAUGUGUGAUAGGGAACUUUCCCCACAUGUAUGAUAGGGAACUUUCCCCACAUGUGUGAUAGGGAACUUUCCCCACAUGUGUGAUAGGGAACUUUCCCCACAUGUAUGAUAGGGAACUUUCAUUUCCACACUUAGUAUAGGUUGUUGUGUGUCUUGAAUUUGCACCUCACUUUAUUGAUGAUAUUGACGCACUUGACCAAAUCGAAGAAACUCUCACUCUGGUAUGAUGAAUAAGUGUAGUCAAGAGGCAUGGGAGAAACAGUCGGAGUGGUCCUGGUGUUACCUUUAUAUCAUUAUAACACAAUGACAACGUGUGCAAAUACUUUUGGUGCAACUGUAAGACCCCAGUACAAUAUACUGUGUAGACGCUUUUUAGCCAGUUUUGGUGCGUCCUUUUCACAUUGGCUUAAUGACACAUAUAAAAAGUCCUUUGGUACAUGUGCACUUAAACUGACGAAAUAUCGUCUACACAGUAUAAACAUACUUCUUGUUGUCCUUAAUUUUGGUUGUGAUGCACGGUGCAGAAUUGAAAUUGCUGGGGAGUUGUUCAUAAUAUAUUGUUGUAUUUGGAGUAGUCCCAGGCCUCCAGAAGACUGACCACUACGCACAUUUUAUUACUGGAAGUGUACUAACUUGUAUGUGGUUUCUAGAGCUAAAUGUACAAUAUUCUUGGUAAAAAAUUUCAAACGAUGCUGAAAUUUGGGAUCUUGUAUGUAAGUGCUAGUCCGUACUUGUCGCAAGUGUGCCAUAACUUUGUCUAUAGCUUAAGCUAAUAUGAUGGUUUAAAUAAAGCUUGAUUAGUGAUGUAA